AUGUCUCGGGUCAAUACCCAGGAGCUGGCCAAGUCCCUGUACGUUUACCUGCAGAACUAUUUUGAAGGAAUAGUUCCCCAAGGUGGGUCUGGGCUUGGGCUGUGGAUGAUUUUCCUGCUGCUUCUGACCCUUCCCCUCCUGGGAAACUCAGUCCCUGUGAUUCAAGACAAGCAGGAGACUAGGAUUGUUGGGGGCGAUGAUGCUCAGGAGGGAGAAUGGCCAUGGCAGAUCAGUCUGAGGAAAAGUGUUGGUGGUUUGUGGAAGCACAUCUGUGGGGGCUCUCUCAUCGACCCCAGUUGGAUCCUGACAGCUGCCCACUGCUUUCCUAGAUCUGGAAAGGAAACUUCACAAUAUAUGGUCCAAUUGCGGCAACAGAAUCUAUAUGAAGAUGACAACCUGGUGCCCCUGGAAGAGAUCAUUAUUCACCCUAAGUAUACUGGUUUCAAGGCAGGCUCUGACCUUGCCCUGCUAAAACUCCAGUUCCCUGUACAGCUGAAUGAGAAUGUCCAAACCAUCACGCUCCCUGAAGCCUCCCAGACCUUCACUCCAGACAUGGAAUGCUGGGUCUCUGGUUGGGGGAACAUUGGAUUUGAAGAGCACCUGCCCCCUCCCUUCACCCUGCAGAAGGUGAGGGUCCCUGUGAUGGAUGCCGUAACCUGUGACCAGGAAUACCAUGAAAAUAACUUCAUUCCUGAAGAUGAAAGGGUUAUUCUUGAUAACAUGAUCUGUGCUGGUGAAGCUGGGAAGAGCCCCUGUCAGGGUGACUCUGGGGGAGCCUUGGUGUGUAAGGUUAAGGGCUUCUGGUUCCAGGCUGGAAUAGUGAGUUGGGGAGAGAUUUGUGCUGCUCCCCAUAGACCUGGAGUCUUUACUCGUGUCACAGCCUUUGUGGAUUGGAUCAAUCAGCACAUCCAGUGAUCUUGUGGCCCAAUGCCUCUUUGUCUUUCUUCAUCACAUCAUCACCUUCAGCCAUAAUUCCAGCUUCCAUGUCUGCUGGGAAACCAAUGGGACUAUUUCUUUAUCCUCCCCAUCACACCAGACUCAUGCUGCCUUCUUCAAAUACCUCCUUCCCUGAGGUAUCUCUCCUUCUC